AUGGGCCCACUCAGUAUGAAGAGCAAAGAGUGGACGGCCGAGCAAGACUUUUUAGCUCUUACCGAGAGGCCAGGAAAGCUGAAUGAGUCCGACGUCGAGGCGGUCUACAAUCGGCUUCGGCCAGUUCUUCCAGAAGAACUGAUCGGGGAAUGGAGAGGUGGGAGCUUCGACACCGGCCACCCAACCCAUGCCUCGUUGGAAAACAUAGUGUGGUUGGGCAAAACCUUCCAUUCGACGGAAGAGGUGGACCCCGUCAUGGUUCAGAAGGAGGGAAAGCGGGUCCUCAAUGACCAGGCUGGCCAUGCUGUGCUUCGACGGGUGGAAUUUCGGGGAGUGCUCUCGACAGCCAUGAUCUACGACAACCAUCCCAUCAUCGACCAUUUCCGGCGCGUCAGCCCUGAUAUGAUUGCGGGAGCAAUGGAGAACAAGCUGCAGGAUGUCAAAGUCCAUGGAACCUAUUACUUCUAUCUGUACAAGUGA